CGGGCAAGGGGCGCUGUGGGAAGCAAGGGCCCUGGCCACCGAGGAUGCACUGGGCUCUAGGUGUGCAGGGCCUCCCAAGGUUCCAAGUCGCUCUGGGUCCGCUUGUUUCUGGCUGGAGACACAGCAGCCUCGCUGCCAACGCGAGGGAGGGGGGCUCGGGCUCUGCAGCGAGAGCCCCCUCCUCGCCUGCCUGCGCCUCUCCUUCCCACUCCCGGAGAGGCUGGGAGGGCCGCCCUGGCCCAGGCCCCAGCCGCCCGCCAGCCCGAGGGGAGCCCGCCCCCUAGGGGAGGGCGCGGCGGGUGCAGGCUCUUCGGCUCCUCUACCCCGGCCCCGCCUGGGCCGCGGACCCGGCAGGAAUCUUGGGUCUGUGCCUCGAGCCUGUCGGAGAGCAGUCACUGCAGACCGAGCCCCUCUCUCGUGCCGCCCGAGGCGACCCCCCACUCCCAGAACCGCUCGAAGGGAGGAGCCACGCUAGUCGUCGCCGGCAGCGGCCGAGCUGGAACAGAAACGGCCACCGCCGCGGGAGCUGCGAGGUGGCGGUGGAACGGUGGAGUCAACGCGUGCGUCCUCAAACACCAGACUGUCUCCAGGCUUCUCCUGGAUUCCCGGGAGAACGCGAGCCCCGAGCAUGCUUUAGGGGUUCGCUUCGGCCCCUCUGCCCUCCCUGGGUCUCUCGAGGCCCCGCGCGGUCCCCACCCAGCAUUCUGGGACGUGUGUCAGGGCGGGAGCCGAGACCCGGAUGGCUCUUUGCCCGCCCCCCUCGCGCGUUCUACUCUCGCUCGGCGUUUGCUCUUUUUCUUUCUCUUUGGACGCUCAGCCAAGGGAUUGCGCAAGCUUCCUGCUCCCGGUCCUUCAGGGGCCAGGAGCGGGGGGCCCAGACACGCCCCAGGGCGAGCGCGCACGGCCCCUCCUGCACCCUCUCCGGGUCCCCUCCGCCCUCGCCGCGACCCCAGCGAGCUCGCGGCCCCGCGGGCGGCGCCCUCGGGAGGCGGCGUGGAGCGCAGCAGCUCCCCCAGCCGGACGCCGGAGCCGCACGCCGAACGCGCCGUCUCGCCGCCGGAGCCUCGAUGUGCCCCUGCUCAGCCUGAACGUCUCGGCCCUCCCCACUCCCGCCCGAUGCCGGGACCCCACCGAGUCCCCUCGGUCCCCCAGGCAGAUCCGGACAUGCCCUGCGCCCCCUCUGCAGUCGCCCCCUCUCGUCCAGCUUGGCCAUGGGGCUGGGGCUAGCGCGGUCGCUGCUGGAAACAAGGCAGCCCGGCCCUGCCCCACUAAGGAGAGUGCCGGGGGGCAAACUGCGAGCCGGCGGGGACCUGGAGUGGGCUCGGCCUCGGAGCCCCCUUCCGCAGGGGUCCCCGGGCGGCGCACACCGAGAAGGAGAGGCGCUGGGGCAGGCCCAGGCGCCGCGCUGCAGGCGAGGGGUCGCCGCCGAGACCCUCCCGGCGGUGUCAAGCUCCCCACCCGCCCUGCGCCCCGCGGCCGGCGCACCUCUCCCGCCGGGUCCCGCUCCCUCCCUCUCCCGGGCCCGCGGAUCCCUCCCCCUGCACCUCCCCGGCGCCCUCCUCCUCCGGCCCCCCUCCCGCGUCCUUCCUUCUCCCCCCCGCCGCCCAGGCCCGGGGCCUCGGGUAGGCCCGGCUGCGCCAAUCCCGGCCGCGGCCCGCCCCCUGACGCCGAGCUGGGCCCGGCGAGGCCCCGCCCGCUGACGUCCGGAUUUGCAUGA